AUGAUCCAGCUUGAGAAGGAGGUGCUGAUUUCUAAGUUGAGGGCAGAAUGGCAAGAUGGCAGCUCCUUUUACACCUGGAGCAAAAAAUGCGAUGAGGCUCUUGUAUCUGGACUGUCCCAUGUGGCUUUCAGUAGCUCUUCCGCUAUGUCUGGGAGCUACUCACCAGGCUAUGCCAAGAUCAACAAGAGAGGAGGUGCCGGAGGAUGGUCUCCAUCAGAUAGUGACCAUUAUCAGUGGCUUCAAGUUGACUUUGGCAACCGGAAGCAGAUCAGUGCCAUCGCAACCCAAGGGAGAUACAGCAGUUCCGACUGGGUGACACAGUACCGCAUGCUCUACAGUGACACUGGGAGAAAUUGGAAGCCUUAUCAUCAGGACGGAAAUAUCUGGGUGAGUCAUGGCCCUAGAGGCAAAUCCAGUUGA